AUGCCCGCCCAAAAGACGUCCUCCUACCUCGCCGACCUCGAGCGCGACGGCUUCGUCGUCGUCAAGUCCAUCGUCUCCCCCGAGAAGCUGCAGCGCCUCCGCGACGCCGCCACCAAGGUCGAGGCCAUGGCCCGCAAGGGCGAGUGGCCGCACAUCCGCACCGUCGGCAAGCAGUUCCCGCCCUGGCAGUGGGAGCCCGAGAAGGGCAUCUGGGGCGUCCAGCACAUGAUGAACCCGGCCCUGCCCGGCCACGAGAUCUUCACCGAGCUCUACUUCUCCGACGAGGUCCUCGACAUCGUCAAGCAGCUGCUGCAGUGCGACGACGAGCAGCUCGUCAUGGAGCUCUUCAACAUGCUCGUCCGCCCCGACGGCGACUUUGAGCUGCGCUGGCACCGCGACGACAUUGCCGCCGAGGCCACCGCCGAGGAGGAGAUGGAGCGCCUCGGCCGCCCGGGCUUCCACGCCCAGUACAACUUUGCCCUCUGGGAGGACGAGUCCCUGGUCCUGGUGCCAGGCUCCCACGCGCGCGCCCGCACGGAUACCGAGCGCAACGCGGGCCCGUUUGAGCCCGUCCUGCCGGACCAGCUGGUCGUCAAGCUCGAGGCGGGCGAUAUCGCGUUUUACAACAACAACAUCCUCCACCGCGGCGUCUACGACAGCAAAAAGGACCGCGUCACGCUGCACGGCUCCGUCGGCCACUCGGGCGGCAACAAGCUCCGCGCCCGCAACGUCCUCCAGCACGGCAUCGGCAAGUGGGUGGACGGCGUCGACUUUUCCCAGCUCAAGCCUGCCGAGCGCGAGCGCGCCGAGGCCAUGCGUGCCCGGCUCGUCAAGAUGGGCUCCGACGCGGGCGAUGUCGGCUACUCCCUGCAGGGUUAA